AUGAGGUCUUGGCAAAGGUGCAGUGUUUGUGAAGACGAAAUGUGGGACACAAGGUCUCUCGAGAAGAUGGUGAACAGGACAACUCUAAGCACACAGAGAGUGCUCCACACACACAUUCUGGAACUAGGAGAACAGUUAUGUCCAUGGUCAUCUCCCAAUGCUAGAACAGAUGACCACCUAAAAUUGGCCACAAACCCGGUCAAUUUACGGCCUGCGAUUGGACGGGAGCAGCCUGACGCCCCCACCAUGGAGGAAUUUAACCAGUUGGCAGAGAAGGAGAAACGCGCUGCCCUUAGACUCCAAGAGGAGAGUCUGCAGGCCAGUUUUCAAGAGGCCCUGCGAGCAAGGGACAGGCUGGAGGCUGAAAUGAGGCGAGAACUCCAGGUCGAGCUGCAGGCCCAGUUCAGAGCUCAUUGUGAAGACCUGAGGGCUCAGAUGGAGGAAGAGAAGGUCCAGGCCGUAGGGGAGGCCUGCAGGAAGCUGCAAGGACAGCUGCACAAAGAAGCAGAGGAGACCAGAGACAAAAUAAUACACACUGUACGAGAAGAGACACAGGAGUGUGUGAGGAGGUGUGUGCAGGAUGCCGAGAGAAGUAUUCGUGAGGAGUGUGACCUGAAGUCAGAAAGAGAGAAAUGGGCCCUACAGGACAGACAUGAAGAGGAGAUAUCUGAGCUACAAAGCAGGAUACAGCAGCUGCAGGACAGUCUGGAGCAGGCCUGCAGGGAACGCAUUCAGUAUGAAGCAGAGUUUAAGAAGGUGCAGGCCAGCUACAGGCGGUUUGUGGACUUGACUGAUUCCUCCCUCCACUCUGAUUACCUCUUAAAGCUGCGCAGACUGGGGAGAGAGCCAGGUCUCAUGGACACUGCGACACAGACUGAUGAGAUCACCUCCUAA